UGUUAGUUUCAGAAUGAAGUGUUUAACGAAUAUCUAUUUUAAUUAUUUUUAAAUCAAAUGUUCCAAAAUUAAUGCGAUGAUCUCACUAAAUUACACAUACACACCUAUAUACAUCAGGUAUUGAUUGUGAAAAGUGGUUGUUACGUUAAACAUCAGUAUAAGAUUUUAACUUCUCAAAGAUGCAGCAAUCACCUUUUGAAAAUAUUUUUAAUAUUAUUGGUUUAUCCGAGAGCAACGAAAAACCUAUGAAACACGGUUUUUACAAUGCCUUUGCUUUAUUUGUUUUGGCUAUAUGCUGUGCAGCUGUAUACGUUCUCUUUCUUAUAUUAGAGCCCUUUUUUAAGCCUUUAUUUUGGGCUCUUCUUGUCGGCUCCUUGCUGCAUCCAUUUAAAUAUAAAUUAUCUAAGAAAAUAAAGACCUGGUUUGAAAAUCUUGAGAAAACAAACUCUUGUGUAGUAGUAGGAUUAUUAGUUAUUCCUGUCAAUGCUGUGAAUUUCGCCUCUGACUUUGUUGGCAAUCAGUUUAAAGAGCACUAUAGGUCUAUAAUAUGUCUCCUAUCUACAAUAUUUGUUCUGCCAUGGUUGUACAAUUCAAUUCCCAGGAGUUUAGGAUGCAUAUUUUGGCAAUUUAUUAACUUUGUAAGCGUUUCAACAACAGUUCUGAUUAGCCUGUGUACAUCGGAUUUUACAGUUACAAUAGCAAUAGCUUACAUUAUAAGUGUCUACACAAUAUGGACUCCAGAAAGAGCAAGUAUUUUUCGAGGUACUUCACGUGUUCUAUGGAUGACAAUAACCUGCUACCUUGCAAGUUUAGCAGGAGACUACAAAGUUUAUAUGUUUAUUAUACUUCAGGCUUUUAUAGUGACUGGGUUUAUUCUGGAAGUCUUACAUUUUCAUAAGCAGAUGCUUGUAGCAGAUCCAGAAGCAUCCAUAUUCUUAGCUAUUCAUGGAGUAAUAAUAAAUUCAUCUUUAGAAGACAAGAAACAAGAUGACACAAUUCCAGAAGUAGAUGAAAAAGAUUCAACAUCUGAAGACCUAUCGCCAACAACUCCGGAUGUAAAAAGGGGCAGCUUAAGCAAUCUACACAGUUCACCCCAACAUGCCAGAAUGCUCUUCAAGACAAGAACGCUAUCAGCUCUUCCUUUAACAAAGCCAACUGCUUUCGAAAAACGAAUUUCUUCAUUUAAACAGAAAUCACUUGAUGAAAACUACAUACGAAAUAAUUUUACAGAUGACGAAACAGCUUUGUACUUCAAGCUUUUGUUUUUUGGAUGUUUUUGUAUGUUGGUAUGGAAACAUAUAUGGCUUUUACCAAUCACACUUAUCUUUUUAGCUAUACAUGUCAUAAAGUAUUUACUUAAUUUCUUUGGGGUCUGGCUAUUCUUUGAAAAUCACUAUAAUAACGCAAAGAUAAAAAUUACCUGCUGGUGGAAUAAUAGGCAAUCCGCAUUGAUUCCCGGUGAAAUACGCGGUAUACGGAAGAUGAUGUCAAUGUUCAACCAGACGUUUAUAGCAAUGGCAUACGAAUCGGUCGAUACAGUAUCCAGUUGUAUUGUAAUUAUAGGACUAAUUCUUUUUAUGAUAGUUGCCACCAUCUUCAUAUGUAUACAAAUAUAUUCAGAAGCAAUAGUGGUAAUACAACUUAGUGGGAGUCUCCUUAAUAGUACAUUUGUACAGAAUAGUGUCAUUCACGCCUACCUUCCUGAUGGAUGGGAGGAUAAACUUGAUUCACUCAUUGACAACGCCUACACGUACGGACGAGAGGGAAUAUCUACUGGGGUGAAAAGCAUCUUAAAAGAAGGGGAUCCUGAGAAGAUAGCAAGAGUAGAACAGCAAGUGUUAGAGAUCUGGGACCGUGUCUACCAAAGUUGGGUGUCUGGACACUUUGCGGCAACUGUAGGACCCCAGGUGGAUUCGUCUGCUGUUCAAGACUCCUGGGACAAUCUUGUCAGUAAUUUUACAGAGGCACCAGGUGCGUUUUUACAAACAGGUUUAUUCGAGGGUAUUGCGAGUUGGGUCCAAGCGAAUGUGGGUACUUUAAGCGCUAUAGCGAGUGGUAUAUGGUCGCCACUUGCGAGUAACGUGUCCCUACUUGCCGGCUCCAUUGGAGCGUUCACGUCUAUACUGUUUAGUGGAGGAGGCGCUAUUAUUAGUAUGAUUAUUAACUUGGUGGUAUUCUUCACAACGUUAUUUUACCUUCUGGCUUCGAGUAAUGCAUUAUACAAACCAGUGGAAGUCAUUACUCAAAUACAACCCAACUUCGGGCCGCGUCUAGGCAUCGCUCUCUCCGUUGCUAUAAAUCAGGUGUUUCGCGCUUCAUUCAAAAUGGCGUUGUUCUAUGGUUUAUGGACCUGGCUAGUUCACAAUCUCUUUGGUGCCAAAGUAGUCUAUCUACCUUCUGUGUUAGCGGCUGUGUUAGGCGCAGCGCCUUUUCUUGGCCCAUAUUUGGCUGGAAUCCCUGCGGCAUUAGAUGUAUGGCUUCAAGGCAGGCCCAUGGCGGCCAUUAUGCUUCCAAUUGCGCAGGCGGCGCCUAUCGCGUUUUUGGAUGCCGCUGUGUAUGCUGAGAUUAAAGAUGGCGGUCACCCCUACGUAACUGGCUUAGCCAUCGCCGGCGGAAUCUUCUACUUAGGUCCCGAAGGUGCCAUCCUAGGUCCACUCCUACUCUGCUGUCUCAUGGUUGUGCUCAAUCUUUCCUCCUCCUUCCUAAGAGAUACCCCAGCAGAAGAGAGAGCGGCCUUGCACUCCCGCGUCAGAUAUGGCGCUUAUCUAUAAGAUUGCAUGGACUAACAAAUAGGCGUCAAAUUGUGGGAUUAAUUUAUUGGUCUUUGUCGCAAAUACCCUGUUUAAUAUAUUUUUAUUCCGAAAAAAAAAAGUAUGGUGUCUACGUUUAUAAUUAGGUAAUACUUUCUCAAAUCUCCCCUAGAAGUGGCAAAAUUUUAUCAGAAUCGGCCUUGAGGUUCGGUCAGAAAGACAACAAACUGAAUAAAACGCGGGAUUCCCCG